AUGAGGGAGGUUCAAAGCUUUGCUGAAGAGGGAUGUGUACCUGAAGCACAAAGGGAGUUAAAUCUUAGCGCGGGAGGUAAUCUUCUCAGGAAAGGAGAGGAGGAGGAGUUGGAGGUGAUUGAAGAACUUGCCCCCAGUGAUGAAGGAUGGAGCAACGAAAGGAGUAAGGUGCAUAGGGUGGCUUCUACCACGGAUCAUGAUACGAUGAGCACCUUAUCUGACAAGCUGGAUACCUUAACCAUGAAGUUCGACUGCAUGGCGAUGGGGCAACCGUCUCAAGAGCCCAAAGGAAACAUGGAGGAUGCGAAUUAUGUGCAACAGGGAGGCAACAGGUAUUACAACAACUCACGACCGAACUUUAAUAUUGGAGGAUACAACCAGUAUGGAAACAAGGGGCAUCCCAAUCUCUCUUCUGGGAACCCCAAUAAUGCCCUGCAACCUCCUCCGGGAUUCACAGUUACUGAUGGGAUGGUGAACGACCCCAAGAAGAUGACCACAGAGGAUAUACUCAAGUCCUUCAUGCUACAAUCUAAUAAAGUCAUGGAGCAGAACAAUCAGAGGAUGGAGAAGGUCGAGAUGGAUGUACAAGGAAUGGCCACUCAUUUGAAGAACAUUGAUGUUCAGAUCAGCCAGAUUUCCCAGACUGUGAGUACUCUUACUCAACCGGGAAAAUUCCCUUUUACCACCAUUGUCAAUCCCAAGGACUGCAAAGCUAUAAACUUGCGAAGUGGGACGAGCUAUGAGGGACCUUCAAUGCCCUCAGGAAAUGAAGUAGCGGAGAAGACUAUUGAAGAUGAGGAAUUAGUUGAGGAAGAUGAAACGGAGACGAUUCAGGUCACCACUCUACCUAAGGAGAACGCAGUUCCAGUCCCAUCCACAACACCUGCAGCUCACACUUUUACUGAAGUGAGGAUUCCUUAUCCUCAACGGGUGCAGAAGAAGAAGACGGAUGCUCAGUUUUCGAGGUUCUUGGAUAUAUUCAGAAAGGUGGAGAUCAACAUCCCUCUGGUGGAGGCACUACAGCAGAUGCCCAGUUAUGCUAAGUUUCUAAAGGAUGUGGUCUCCAACAAGAGAAGAUAA